CUUCCGCUAGAUGUCGCACAACUCGGCGAUGUUGCUGCACUUCUACACAGAGGAGCGCAGAAGAAGAAGAAGUCCUCCACGACUUUGACGUGCAGCAGUAGCAGCAUCAGCGGUAGCUUUGACCUUUCGACCGCUUCGUGUUGAGCUUAAAGAUGGCUGGACAAGCGUUUCAGAAGUGGUGGUCUCUGAUGAGCCCGUACUACACCAGGGCGUACCAGGAGAUGUGGGUGGGAAUCGGCAUCAUGUCCUACCUGUACUAUAAAGUUUCCUAUGGAGGCAAGAAAGCUGUGAAAAGCAAACCUGCUCAUUGAGGUCCCACUGUCCCCCACGCCACAAGACGAGAGUCCAGCUUCAUGUUUGAGUUUUUGUUAAUAUGGAUCAAAUAAAACAAUUAUCCUCGUU